GUGAAGUGGAAGGUGUCCCUCUGCCAGUCCCUUAACUAUAACGCAGCCGGUCAACAUCAACCCUACCAAGAUCCGUAGAGCGAUGGGAUUUUCACAGGAUCAGAACCAAUAACUGGAAAUAGACCAGAAAUGGGGAAUGUGAUGAGAAACUCGGCUCCACCCGACAAGAUCGCAGCCACCCAUACAGCAGCAGCAGGUACAGAGAGUGAUUUUCUGGCCGUUCUCUAUGACUAUCCCCCGUCUGACAUCAGUGAGCCAAUAUUUUACUUUGGAGAGAAACUUCGGGUCAUUUCAGAUGAAGGAGGAUGGUGGAGAGUGGUGUCCCUUAAAACAGGGCGUGAAAACUAUAUACCAGCCAAAUGUGUGGCAAAAGUCUACCACGGGUGGCUGUUUGAUGGAGUUGGGAGGGAGAAGUCUGAACAACUAUUAGAGCUCCCAGAAGUGAAGACCGGGUCGUUCAUGAUCAGGCAAAGUGAAACAAAAAAAGGAUCCUAUUCAUUAUCUGUCAAACACAGACAAGUGAAACAUUAUAGAAUCUUCCGUUUGCCAAACAACUGGUAUUAUAUCUCCCCACGGCUGACCUUCCAAUGUCUGGAGCACCUUGUGAAUCACUAUUCAGAAAGUGCAGAUGGCUUGUGCUGCGUCCUCACUACCCCGUGCCUCACCCAACAGUCCGUAAAUAUUGCAGAUGUCAGGCAGGAAGUGCCGGUCAUGAGGAGGAAGAAGCCCUUCAACUGGAGGAGCAUGAAGAGGAUGUCAUUGGCGGCAGAAGAUCCAGAACCUUCUGUAGAGACGGACGACUCUUUCCUCAGUUACGGUCUGAGACAAAGCAUCGCCUCCUACCUGUCCUUGGCCGGGGACGACAGCUAUUCCAUUCCCAGCACUGAGCACAACAAGAAACAGAACCGGAAGAGCAAUAUCUUCUCUCGGAACAGCGUCAUAUCCGACCGCUCGAGUUACACGGAAGGUUACAGAUGAGAGAGGUCCUGAGGACCCCGGACCCUCACUUAGUACUGCCUGUCACCAGAGCUUACUAUGGAGCUGCUCGAAAAGGAAAAAAUCUAUUGCACAAAGUUACACUAUCCGGCCGGGCCUGGACAUAUUAUCCUGCCACCAUCACUAUGGAGCUUCUCUUAUAUUCUUCAUAUCAACCGUGUUACGUUCAGACUAUAGGACGAUGUAUUAGGUGGGAGAAGGACAGGAGCAAAUCUCCCAUGAAGCUGGACCAGGCGCAAUGCUCUGCUGCAGACCCUCCCCCAUACAGACAUAGACGAGUUAGUCUUCAAAGCAUAUCCACGGUAUACAGACGGAGACUGUGGUGUUGUGUCGGAAGAAGAGCCUCGCAUUGCUUUAUGAAGAACGUUUGUCCCAUGUGACCUGGACAGGGGCGUAGCUAUAGAGGCAACAGUCGCACCGGGGCCCCAAAGCACAGCAGCCCCAUUAGAGAACAGUAAUAUACAGUGGUCCCUCAAGUUACAAUAUUAAUCGGUUCCAGGACGACCAUUGUAUGUGGAAACCAUUGUAUGUUUAGUCCAUAACUCUAUGGAAACCUGGUAAUUGGUUCUAAAGGCACCAAAAUGUCAUCCAAAAAUAGGAAAAAGUGAGGAUUAAAGAAAAAUAAGUAGAUGACUAAUAUAGAUAAAGCAAAUCCUUAUAUAUAAAAGUAAUAAAGAUCUGCUGGGAGCUGUAAUCACUGUAUAUGUAGAGGACAGGAGCUUCUUCAGGGUCCUGUACAGAACACACAGUGUCCUAAAAAAGUAACAUGGAGCCGCCCUCACCUGGUGCCCAAAGGAGCAGCUAACCCUGGUACAGGUAAAGAGUAGAGAACAUGUAAUACCUCCCUGUACUGUAGGGGGCGCUACCAGACACCAGUCAGUGCAUUCGCUUCAGUAAUAGAGGUGUUUUACCAGUCCCCCCCCCCCCCCCCUCACCCUUAUCUGUAUCUAUCGUCCUAUAGCUAUACAAUUUAUGGCCCAACUUAAUGUCCAUUCCUCACAUUUGUUGUUUUAACCCCUGCAUAUUUUGUGAGAUAGAACAUGUGUUUUCCCCUUGUGAGCUCAGAAAUGCUUAUGACUUGAUAAAGGGAGGAAUCCCGAAAGUUUGUCUCUACAAAAUCUUGUUAGUCCAAUAAAAAAGGUAUUACAAGAUACUGCAACUACACAUGAUUUUGCUUUUUGCAUCACUGGACUAAUACGGCUACUCCUAA